AUGGCGGACGCCCUAUGGACACGUCUGCUGCGGCACGGCCCCCCAGCGCUGCCCCUGGAGACGUUCAAACUGCAAACCAGGGACUGUAUUGCCAACCUGCUGCCCUCGCCCCUCCAGGGCAGGAAAGAAAUGGGAGAGCUGGGACCCCGCAUCACAGGCCUGGUGACAAAGCCACUCCUCCGUGUGGAGUUGACUGCUGUCUGCACUGUCACCUACCCAGGCUGGCUGGUCCUUGCCAUCCUGUCCGUGCUGAGUUCGGCUACCCAGGACUUCAAGCUUGUCAAGUGCUUUGAGGACCCCCAGUAUGAAGAGCUGGUGCAGCUGGCCCGAGACGGGCUGGGGACGACGGCUGAGAGGAAGAGGAUUGUUGUGAUUGGGGCUGGCAUAGCCAGGCUCACCGUGGCCAAGACCCUGCAGGAAGCUGGCCACCAGGUGACUGUGCUGGAGGCCUCGGGGCGUGUGGGUGGCAGGGUAAAGACCCACAGAGUGCCUGGAGCGCCGUGGCACGUGGAGCUGGGCGCCAUGCGGAUCCCUGUCAGUCACAGGCUGGCCCUCGGGCUCGUCCGGAAGCUAGGGCUGCCCCUCCAGGAGUUCUGGCCUCGGAACAGCCAGACCUGGGUGCUGGUCAACAGCGUGCGGCAGCGCCUGGUGCACGUGCAGGCCGACCCCGGGCCGCUGGGCUACCCGGUCAGAGCAGAGAAGGGCAAGACGGCCGAGCAGCUCUUCCUGCAGUCUCUGUGGAAGGUGGCGGAGGAACUGAAGACCAGCAGCUGUGAGCACAUUCUGAGGAAGUCUAGCUCCUUCACCACCAAGGUCAUUCCUGUCCACCGUGGGGACCUGAGCCUUGGCGCCAUGCAGAUGAUCGAGGACCUGCUGGAACCAGACUCUGGCUACCACAAGGCCUUCAUCGAAACCAUGCAGGCUUCCAUCUCCCUCCUCUAGGACCUCCGGUAUCGUGAGAUCGCUGGGGGCUUCGACCAGCUGCCCCAGGCCUUGCAAGACACCCUCCUGCCCGGGACAGUGCGGCUGUACUCGCCCGCGCAUGAGGUGGACACGUUGGGGGGGCGAGUGCACGUCACUCUCGGGACACCGGACCCACUGCAGCCGGGGGAGCGCCUGGCAGCCGACUUCCUGGUAGUGGCCACCACAGCCAAGGCCGCGAGGCUGUUGUGUUUCCGGCCCCCACAGAGCCCGGCCAAGGAGCGCUCGCUGCGCCAGGCGCACUACAGCAGCGCCACCAAGUGCUUCUGGGAAUGCAUCACCAGCGGCAUGUCCACCACCGACCGGCCCUCCCACUUCAUCUACUGCCCCAGCCACGCCUUCUCACACACCUCGGACGUCCUGCUGGCCUCCUUCACCAGGGAGGAAGACUCAGCCUUCUUCACGGCCUUGGACAGCGAGCGCAUCCUGGACGUGGUCUUGAACGACCUGGCCGCCGUCCACGCAUGCCCUGAGAGGGAGCUGCGGGCCCUGUGCCCCUACGGCACAGUCAAGCGCUGGAGCCGGGACCCAUACUCCAUGGGCGGCAUCACCCUCUACCCCUACCGGUACGUGGACUACAGCCAGGAACUCAGCCAACCUGAAGGGCCCAUCUACUUCGCGGGUGAGCACACAUCCCGAGUCUCCAGGAGUCGGCCCACCUGCCAGGGGUCCCAAAUGCCGGCCCUAGUGGACUCAGACCCAGCCCUGACUCGGGCUGUGGCCCAAAUGCUCGUGUGGGUGAGGCUGCUGCUCUGGUUCCUCAAACUGGUGAUGAUUCCUUUAGGGGACGUUCAGCAGUGA